AUGGUGAGGCACAAUUCAAAGGCCUACCUGCCCAUCCUCUGUUUGGCCUACCUGCCCAUCCUCGUUUGGGAUAUCUGGAGGAGAUCCCCAAGCAGCGAUGAUAAGGUUCAAGUAGUCUGGGACUGCGCUGCACGUGCCCCGGGAGAACGUGCAAGCAAGCGAGCAAUCCAGCCAACCAGCCAGCCAGCGAUAGAUUCCCAGGACUGUCCCUGUGCCAGCGGUGGUGCCUGCACCUGUGGCAACAACUGUCAGUGCAAAAACUGCAAGAGCAAAUUGUGUAAAAAAGGCUGCUGUUCCUGCUGUCCCGUGGGAUGUACCAAGUGUGCCCAGGGCUGCAUCUGCAAAGGCCCCCCAGCCAGCAAAUGCAGCUGCUGUAAGUAAACUGCCGGUCGCUUGGUUGAGUGCCAACCUGUAUAUUAGCCCACAAUCAUGUAACACUCGAUGUCCAUUUAUAUAUAUUUGCCUGUGUGUUUUCCAGUCUGUAGAUGUGAGUACAAGGUACGUGGAAAGCAAUAAAGGUAUCUCUGUA